AUGGGAAAACGUACUCACACACCCAUCGGAGGCUUGGGAUUCAUGAUACGCUGGUUGGCCGUGAUUCUCCUUGUAAUCAUGGCGGACACGGUGACUUCACAGUCCAGUAAGAGGAGUAAUACUCUGAUAAGAAGCUAUUGCAGUAAAUAUGGGGUCUUGAAUGAAGAGUUUUUUUCGAGGAACCUGAACACCACCAUUUCUAGCCUCCGGCGGCAGUUGUCCAGUGCCACCAUAUAUGAAGCUGUUGCACGGACUAUAAUCAACGGCGACUCAGUAUACGGACUUGCUUUAUGUAGGGGAUAUCUCUCCACUUCAGAGUGUUUGAACUGUUUCGACAUAGCUGUGACUGGUGUGAGAGUAUGUGGGAUUGUCAAUGGUGGCCGUGUUAUCUACGACGAUUGUGAACUUAGGUACGAGAACUAUAACUUCUACAUAGAGGCUAAUGUUCGGGGAAAUGUUGGAGUAUGUGGAAACAAAACUUCAACUCAGCCUGCGUUCCAAGAAACAGUGAAAGAGUUAAUAUCAGACCUUCGAUUUGCAACACCAAGAACAUCAAAUUUCUAUGCUGCCUCUGCAAGGCGAGUUAAAGGCAACAAUGUAGCUGUAUAUGCAAUUGCACAAUGUAAUUUAAACAUAAGCCAACCCGUUUGUGCGGAAUGUUUAUCAGUAAGAACUACAACCUUAUCAGGUUGUCUUCCUAAUACAUUCGGAAGGGCAAUUGAUGCAGGAUGCUUUAUGAGGUACUCUAGUACUGCGUUUUUUAGAAACAACCAGACUAUUGAUUUAACACCCUUUCUAAAAGAUGGACGAAUUUCAAUCCCUAAAGGAGCUAUUAUAGGAGGAGUUCUUGGAGGUGUCACCAUUAUGUUGAUUGUACUUGUAGUUGUAUAUCUCUUGUGGCAUGUGUCUACAAAGUCAAGUGAUCACCAACAAGAUAAGUCGACUGGAGCAACUGAACUUCUGCAAGGCCCCAUGGCUUAUAACUUCAAUGAUUUAGUUAUCGCAACUAAUAAUUUUAGUAUAGAGCAGAAACUUGGAGAAGGAGCUUUCGGAGAGGUUUAUAAGGGGACACUAUUAAACGGGGAAGUAGUUGCAAUAAAGAAAACAUCCAUGUCUUCUAGAGGAAGAAAAACAGACUUCGAUAAUGAACUUAAAAUCAUUAGUAAUGUUCAUCAUCGUCAUCUUAUGCGCCUUCUUGGAUACUGUAACAAAGACCCGCACAUGUUUCUUGUUCUAGAAUUCAUGGAAAACGGAAGCCUUGAUAAUUUCCUUUACGGUGAAAAACGAGGGAGUCUAAAUUGGAAACAAUGGUUUGAAAUAAUCUUUGGAAUAGCAAGGGGACUUGCAUAUCUACAUGAACAAUACCAUGUCACAGUCGUUCAUGGAGAUAUUAAAUCGAGCAACAUUCUACUUGAUAAUGAGUUUCAACCAAAAAUUUCAGACUUUUGUUUGGUUAGACUGUUACCAGAAAAUAAGACGCAUAUCAGCACCAAAGUUGCAGGGACAUUUGGCUAUGUAGCGCCAGAGUAUGCAAUCCAUGGACAUGUAUCUGAGAAAGUAGAUACGUACAGCUUUGGUGUUCUAGUCCUUGAAAUUAUUAGUGGGAGGAGUUGCACUGAAGGCAUAGGAAAUGGAUCUGUUGUAAACAACUUAGUUGAUUACGCAUGGAAUCUAUACCAAAAUGGAAUACAUGAGAAUCUAUGUGAUCUUAAACUAGACCUAACUGAAUAUCUACAAGAUGUAAAGAAAAUCAUAGAGCUAUCCUUGAUGUGCACUCAAUCACCCGCAUCAACAAGACCAUCAAUGUCUGAAGUAGUUUUGGUUUUAAGUGACAGAUCACCAGAGCAAAUAUCCCCAAUGACGUCUACAUAUAAGGAACCUCAUGUAUCUAUUUCACUAGACACUAGUACAUAUACUACUCCACGAACAACAUCAAAUGCCACUACAUCAACUGUUCAACUUUCAGGUGCAAGUGGUAGUGGAAAAGAGGGUGCUGGUGGUGGCAGUGGGUCUCAUGAUCAAUCUGCAACCAAAGGGGGCUGA